GCAAGGAGAGGGAGAGACACGGAUGAGGGGAGAAGAGAGGUGGAGGAGAGACAGAACCUACAGCUUCACUCGUUUCCUCUGCAAGGAUUUAGGAAACGCCUUCCUGAGCAGAGAGGCUUCAAGCCGGCGUCUGCUUACCGACCGCUGAGCUGGAAGAACUGGGGAUGUGGCACGCAGGGGGGGGCGGCUGCAUGAGCUGGGAGUCUCAUUAGGAUUUGGAUCUUCAAUGGCCCCUAAGCCUUCGCUCCAUGGAUGUGUCCAGUAGCUGAGAGGUGGGAAAAAAAUGACGAACCCAUUCCUGCUCGCCGUUUGAGGAUGCUGCUCGGUUAGCAAAGCCAGCCGAGAGGAGCUCUACGCCUCUUUCACGGCUUUACCUCUGGACACAAAGCAGGCACGCAGGAGUCGGCUCUGUGAGGCACCGCCAUGCUGAUCAAGGAGUACCGGAUCCCCAUGCCCAUGAGUGUGGAGGAGUACCGCAUUGCUCAGCUCUACAUGAUCCAGAAAAAGAGCAGAGAGGAGAGCUGUGGUGAGGGCAGCGGAGUAGAGAUCCUGGAGAACAAACCUUACGAGGAUGGCCCUGGAGGCUCGGGUCAGUACACUCACAAAGUCUAUCACAUCGGCAAACACAUCCCCUCCUGGUUCUGUGCCAUUCUGCCUCAAGCCGCUCUUCGUGUGGAGGAAGAGUCCUGGAACGCCUAUCCCUAUACAAGAACCCGGUACACCUGCCCAUUUGUUGAGAAAUUCUCCAUAGACAUAGAGACGUAUUAUAAACCAGACACUGGAAAUCAAGAGGAUGUCUUUAAUCUAUCCUCUGCUGAAAAGAGGCAGAGGACUAUCGAUCCUAUAGACAUCGUCAAGGACUACAUACCUCCCAAUGAAUACCUGGUGGAAGAAGACCCUAAACUCUACCAGUCAGUUAAAACCAGACGGGGGCCGCUGAAUGAGGACUGGAUCGAGGAGAUCAACCAGAAUCCUGAUCAGACUAUCGUCAUGUGUGCCUACAAGCUCUGUAAAGUAGAGUUCAGAUACUGGGGUAUGCAGUCCAAGAUCGAACGCUUCAUACAUGAUGUAGGUCUGCGUAAAGUGAUGGUCCGAGCCCACCGGCAAGCGUGGUGCUGGCAGGACGAGUGGUAUGGUCUCACCAUCGAAGACAUCCGGCAGCUCGAGCUGGAAACCCAGUUAGCUUUGGCCAAGAAGAUGGCCCAGUACAGCCUCAGUGAGGAGGGCGGGGCAGAGACCAAUGGCUCGUCUGCAGGCCAGGAGCAGGAACAGGCAGGAGAUAACCUGGGGUUGGCUGCAGAGGCCGAGGGAACACGAGGAAAGCUUGGAGACUCUCUGGAAACACGAGGGGAGCUCACCAAGCAGUGGUCCACGUCUUCUAGAUCGUCCAACAGGUCAUCAAAGAGAGGAACAAGUCCGUCUCACCAAAGCAUUUCAGAGUGGAGGAUGCAGAGCAUUGCUCGGGAUUCUGACGACAGCACUGAUGAUGAGUUCUUCGAUGCUCACGAGGACCUUUCUGAUAACGAGGAGAUGUUUUCCAAGGAAAUCACCAAGUGGAGCUCUAAUGAUCUCAUGGACAAGAUAGAAACAAUAGAAGUGGAUGAAUCACAAGAAUCCUAUCAGGAGUCUACUGAUGAGUACAGCAUCACAGAGGACACCCAGAUGGAGGACCCGUCCCAGCAGUGUCCCCAGCCGUCCAAAAUCCAUGUCCUUAUUCUGGUCCUGCAUGGUGGUAACAUACUGGACACAGGCUCUGGCGAACAGAACAAUAAACAGGGAGACGUGAACACGCUGAGUGGAGCUUUUGAGACAGUAAUGAGGGUCCACUAUCCUACUGCUCUUGGGCGCAUCGCCAUCCGGAUGGUCCCCUGUCCUGCUAUUUGUGUUGAAGCUUUUUCUCUUGUCUCCAAUUUAAGUCCCUACAGCUACGACGAGAGCUGCCUGUCCAGCAGCCAGGACCACAUCCCGCUGGCUGCUCUGCCUCUCCUGGCUACCUCUGCGCCGCAGUACCAAGACGCUGUGGCAGCAGUUAUCCUCAGAGCCAAUCAGGUUUACAGUGACUUCAUCAAGUCUCCUGAGGGAGCAUCUUUCAGUGGCCAGGUUUGUGUGAUUGGGGACUGUGUGGGAGGGAUCCUGGGGUUCGAUGCUCUUUGCAGCAGCUCUGUGACGGUGUCAGAAAGCCAGAACAGCAGCAGACGGGGCAGCGCCAUUAGCGUCCAGGACACAGAACUCCUUUCUCCUGGAAUUAUCAUAAACAGCAUCUCCCCAUCCCUCGAAGGAAGCCGCCAUCUUAGCCGCAGCAACAUAGACAUCCCGCGCAGCUCAGGGCCGGACGACCCCAAGAAACAGCUUCCACGCAAGCGUAGCGACUCUUCCACGUAUGAGCUGGACACCAUCAAACAACACCAAGCCUUCCUCUCCAGCCUGCACUCUAGUGUUCUCCAUGGGGAACCCGGAUCACGGCGCUCCAGUAACAGCACCAUGCUGGAGGGGGGCUCCUUGGGAAAGUUUGACUUUGAAGUAACCGACUUCUUCCUGUUCGGCUCUCCGCUGGGGCUGGUGCUUGCGCUGAGAAAGACUGUGGUCCCCUCCUUAGAUGUGUCGGCUCUACGGCCAGCCUGUCAGCAGGUUUACAACCUGUUUCAUCCAGCAGACCCCUCAGCCUCCCGCCUCGAGCCUCUCCUUGAAAAGAGAUUUCACCUGUUGCCUCCUCUCAGCAUCCCGCGCUACCAGCGCUUUCCUCUGGGCGAUGGACUCUCAGCUCUUCUAGUUGACACUGUGCAGAGUAACCCACAGCUUCUGAUGGAGUCAGGGGGUGCAGCUUCGCUCCGCUGCCAUGAGAGCCCUACCAGCGAGACCUCCAUCCUUGUUCCAGUCCUGAACUCACAGACCUCUCUGGUCCACGCUGAGGCAGCUGAUACUCUCCAGUCCAAUUUAUAUGCUGAUGGUCUGUGCCCAGCUUCCACAUCGCCAGGUGUUCCUCAUCUUCGCUGCAGUCGCAGGGCCAGCGAGGCCAGCAUAGCCAGCCAGGUGUCUGGCCUAGCCGACUCUUACACAGCUAACAACAUCGCCACCACGGACAAACAUGAAGAGAGCCACACAAAAAGGCCCAGCCUGCUGUCACAGCUGCAUCUGCCUCAUAAUAGAUUUGCCUCACGGAGGGCAACGUUUCGCUUGCACAACAAAAUCCGUCGGGUGUUCCCGAGAGCUAACGGUGUGGAAUCUGAGCAUAGCUCAGAUCUUAGCUCUGACGUGACCUCUGACAUCACUGAUGUCACAUCUGACAUCACAGACAUCAGCUCGGUGCCCCCUUCGCCCAGGCUGCUGAAGCACAUAGAGCAAGUUGCCUCACGCUGGUGGGGGAGUAAGCGCAUGGACUACGCUCUCUACUGCCCAGAUGCUCUGACAGCGUUCCCGACCGUGGCUCUGCCUCAUCUCUUCCACGCCUCCUACUGGGAGUCCACAGAUGUUGUUUCAUUCCUGCUCCGACAGGUAAUGAGACAUGAGAACUCAAGUAUUUUGGAGCUGGAUGGGAAAGAAGUGUCCGAAUUCACGCCCUCCAAACCUCGGGAGAAGUGGCUUCGUAAGAGGACUCACGUAAAAAUACGGAACGUGACAGCUAACCAUCGCGUGAACGAUGCGGUCUUUACGGAGGACGGAGCGCAGAUGGUAACGGGCCGCUUCAUGUACGGGCCCCUGGACAUGGUCACCCUCACCGGCGAGAAGAUCGACAUCCACAUCAUGACCCAGCCUCCGUCUGGAGAGUGGGUCUACUUUGAUACGCAGCUCACUAACAGCAGCGGACGUGUCUCCUAUGUAAUCCCAGCAAACAGGAGACUGGGUAUUGGGGUGUAUCCUGUUAAAAUGGUGGUCAGAGGCGACCACACCUGUGCAGACAGUUAUCUCACUGUUGUGCCCAAAGGCACAGAGUUUGUCGUCUUCAGCAUAGACGGCUCAUUUGCUGCCAGCGUAUCCAUAAUGGGAAGCGACCCCAAAGUUCGAGCCGGAGCCGUGGAUGUGGUGAGGUUCUGGCAGGAUUUGGGCUACUUGAUUGUUUACGUCACGGGUCGCCCUGACAUGCAGAAGCAGCGCGUGGUGGCCUGGCUGUCCCAGCACAACUUUCCACACGGGAUCGUGUCGUUCUGCGACGGGCUCGUUCAUGACCCGCUCAGACACAAGGCCAACUUCCUCAAAACGCUCAUCAGUGAGGCUCACAUGAAGAUCUUUGCAGCCUAUGGAUCCACCAAGGACAUCUCUGUGUAUUCCGCCCUCGGCCUCCCUCCUUCUCAGAUCUACAUUGUAGGAAGACCCACGAAAAAGAUGCAGCACCAGUGCCAGUUCAUCCCAGACGGCUACGCGUCCCACCUGUCCCAGCUCGAGUACAACCAAAGGUCUCGACCCGCCAAGUCCACCAGUACCCGCAUGGUCCUCCGGAAGGGCAGCUUCGCCCUGGGUUCGGCCGCAGGAGAUUUCCUUCGCAAACGCAGCCACAUAUUUCGCACCAUUUCCUCCCAGCCGUCGGGGAACUCGGGAUCCAGCUCAGCCAACCAGCAGGUCCGGACUGAGCGCACGCUGAGCCAGUGCGAAGGAGAGCGGGAGCGGUCUGUCGCUGCAGCAGCACAGAGGAGUAUGAGUAUAGCAGCAGGGUGCUGGGGCCGUGGCAACAAGGAGGGCCCCAAGUAGGGUUAAUAGAGGAGGAAAACCAGGACUCGGCCUGAGCCAUCAUGAACUCUGGACGGAAAGAAGAAAACAGACGGUGGGAUCUGGGUGGAAUUACGCCAGGAAAAGUGGACUUUCAAAGCCAAGUGGGAGGCAGAGAUUAAAACUAAUCCGUAGCAUGAUUCUCUUACUCUCAGACUUUUAUAGGAAACAUCACUUUUAAAAUUAGGAUUGAAAACAUUGUAAGCCUUAAAUGAAUCUCGUUCAACGGGACCCCUCCCCCCUCCUCUCUGUAGGACGCUCCGUCCAAUCAUUGACGCUCAUGAGCUCAGGACUGUUUCAUCCUCAGUCGAACAAAUCUGAGGACAACUUUAUUUGGCUCCACCACCUGGGUUCUACCGUUUCAAACAACGCCAACCACCAUGGCGGACAGGAGGAAGAAAACAUUCUCUGAAUCCAAAAGCAAAACAGAAAUAAAAAAAAAGCAGAUAGUUUUGGUUUAUCUUGUUAAAAUAAGUGAAGAACAAAAAGAUUCUUCCAACACUGUUCCUCAUUUUUACACCUAUGGAAGGAAGAACAUCUUAGGCAAAAAUAAACAUCUUAUACUAUGGCUUUAUUUUUGAGGGCAGAUUGAAGAAACGGUUUCUUCUCAUUCUUUUAGUCGUUUAGAAAUUUUUCAAAGGCUCUUUAUGCCGUUAGAGAGCAGCAGUCAUUUCUUUCCACAGGUUUUAAGUUAAACACAGCAUCUGUAGAAGUUUAUAUUUAAAACAAAAGCUAGAAAUGUUCCUAGAGUUGUGGUUGGGAAAUUCUGUGGAGACCCAAAAUCCAGAAUUUGGCCGCAUGGACCUUGCUAAUACAUCAAGCGUAAACUAAGCUUAAUUCACCUG